AUGGAUCCUAAAGAUAAUAGUAGUAAUAAUCAUCUAAAUUCAUCGACAGCUUCAUCACAGAGCAGCGUAAUAGCAGCAACAACUUCAAUACCAUCAUCACCACAAGCUCAACAACAACAACCAAGUAGUAUUACACAUACACAUUCAUCCUCAGUAUUAUCAGGUCAGCUUCAAUUCUCAAUACUCGAGAAUAUUUCAAACACUGUCGAUAAAUCAACUAUCAAAGAUCAUCUUAAGAAACAUGGACUGAAUCUAAAGAAUAGUCGUGAUCAAACGUUAUUCCAUAUUGCUGCAAUGAAUGGAAAUCAAGAAGUUAUUAGACAAUGUUUAAAGAAAAAAUAUGUAAAUUUAGAUGAAGUUAAACCACUGACAUUAAGAGAUAAAGAUGGAUAUACACCGAUUUUGUGUGCGAUCAACUUGGGUCACUUGGAUAUUGCUGAGAAAUUGCUAUUGAAAAAUUCAGAUCCCAAUGCAACCACUGUCAGUGGAUCAUCGUCACUUCACUUGCUACCACGACACUACAGACAUCCGAAAGCAAACAAAUUGGCGACACUUCUUAUUGAAGCGGGUGCAUACGUCAACCAUAAAGAUUCCAGAUUCGAAACACCAUUACAUCGUGCAACUCUACAGAGUGCAGUAGAUAUGAUAACAUUGGAAAUUAACAAACAUAUUCAUUAUAAUCAUGAAAAAAUACGAGGAAAGACAUGUUUACACUUGGCAAUAGAAAAUAAACGGGUCGAUCUUUUGGAAAUGUUUUUAGAGUAUGGUGCAAUCUUUACAAAGUCAUCUUCCAACUUUCCAUCACCCUUGGAAUUUGCAAAACAAUCUGAAGAUCCAACUAUUUUAAAGUUUUUCAACGUUUAG